GAUAGAGUACCAGAUUUUUCUGUUCCUCUUAAUGAGUCAAGUGAUGACAGCAUGGAUGAGCCUUCCACUUCUAUGUCUGAAAUGGCUUCACAAAGGCCGAGGAGAAACUGUCACCGCCCUAUUCAAAGGAGUCUUGUAGAAUCCGAUGACUCAUGUUGCGAUAGUGAAGAUGAGUAUAUUCCAAAUCCCAGGGAGGAAAGCAAUGACAGUGACUGCAGCUUGGAGUUAUCCCUGGAAAAUAAAAGGAAGAAUGUCAAAAUGUCAUCCAUUAGUCAGUGCAGAAACAAGUCUUCAAGUCAGAGCCGAUUUAAGUCCAGUCAGAACAAAAGUGAGUCUUCAAGUCAGAGUCGAUUUAAGUCCAGUCAGAGCAGAAGAUUUGAAACAAGUCAUGACUCGGUACAAAGAUUUCCUGAUAGCCUAGAAGGAAAACACAAGGAGACGAGUGUUUCAAUGACACCUGAAGAAGAGCCAUCGAUCUUUGUUAAUCCAGUUUUAAAGAAGGAGGAUGGUUCCAGAAGAUAUAAUAAAAAACAUCACUGCUUGUAUUGUGGACAGGUAGUUCAGAAAAUGUCAAGACACUUGUCGCGUAGACACAGCGAUGUGGUUGAGGUCGCAAAGGCAUUAAGCUUGCCAAAGAAUUCAAAAGAAAGGCGACGACAGUUGGAUUUUAUCCGAAACAAGGGUAACUUUGAACACAACACUCAAGUUUUGGAGAGUCGCAAAGGCAAACUCAUCCCAUGGAAGCAGCCAAAGAAAAUGACAGAUGGACAAGAAUUCAUGCACUGUGUUUAUUGCUAUGGAAUGUUCCGAAAAAGAGUGAUGUGGCGUCAUUUUCAGGUCUGUAAUUUCAAGCCUCAGGGUAAGACAUCUAAACGAGGUAAAACAAGAGUUCAAGCUUUGUGUGCAUUUGCUGAACCUGCUCCAAUUGGAUUUAGCGACGCGUACUGGAAGUUCUUAAGUGGUAUGAAUCAGGAUGAGGUUGCAGUUGCUAUUAAGGAAGACCGCUGCAUUCUUGAGUAUGGUUACAGACAGUUCAGAAAGAAUGAGUAUGUAAUAAGCCAGCACCAAUAUAUUCGACAAAAACUGAGAGAGCUUGGCAGACUGUUACUGGAAGCAAAAAAGUUGACACAUUUGGACAUGGCUUGCAUGCUUUAG